AUGACUCAACCCGUACCUCCAAGAACAUCUGCCCAUAAACCAUAUCUCGAUGCUAUUCGUGCAACGCUUCAAGCAGCAUUUUGUAUUGAAAAUUUUGAGUCACAAGUUGUCGAACGUCAUAAUAAACCGGAAGUUGAAGUCAAAUCUUCGAAACAAUUAUUACUUAAUCCAGUUGUAAUAAGUCGCAAUCAAAAUGAACGAAUUCUUGUUGAAGGUUCAGUUAAUUCCGUUCGAAUCAGUAUUGCUGUUAAACAAGCAGAUGAUCUCGAGAAAAUUUUAUGUAAACGAUUAAUGCGUUUUAUGAUGCAACGUGCUGAUGAUUUUCAUAUACUUCGUCGAAAGCCAAUUCCUGAAUAUGAUAUAAGUUUUUUAAUAACAAAUUUUCAUGCAGAAACAAUGUAUAAACAUCGUUUAGUUGAUUUUAUAAUUUAUUUUCUUGAAGAAAUUGAUAAAGAAAUUAGUGAAAUGAAAUUGGCUGUUAGCUCACGUGCACGAAUAAUGAGGACAGUGGCUAUUGUUGUUUCGAUAUUACUUGUAUUAUUAUUUGUUGUCUUGUCUAUGUGGGAAGAUAGCCUCUUCAAAUUGCACCCAUCAUUGAUGGCUGUUAGUUAUCUUGGUUUCAUGUUUCAAGCAAUAAAUAUUUUUUCAACAGAUGAUACAUCACGAUCUCCAUCAUUACCACGACGAAAACAAAUUUUUAUUCAUUCACUUUUACAACUUGGUACGAUCAUUUGUUCAAUUAUUGCUUUUACAGCAAUCUAUUUAAGAAAAGAGCAAGGAAACAGACCACAUUUUACUAGCUGGCAUGGUUUUAUUGGACUUAUUGCCUUUGUUUGGUCAUUAUUACAAGCCUUAUGUGGUCUUUUUCUUACUAUUUUUCAACGAUAUAUUCGUUCAAUAGGUUUAACUUAUGCACAACUUCUACUUGGACUGGCAUCAAAUUGGUUUAAAAAUAAAAUGCCGAAUAAUACAAUCCUAUAUUCUGUCAUUUUUUAUUUGCUUACUUCAAGUAUGCUUUUUCUUGCUCAUAAAUGUGUAGAACAAAUCUUCGAAAUGAAUAGUACACAAUUAUUUUUCCACAUUCGACGUUUGUCUGUAAUAAUGACUAAAUAUCAUGUCGAUUGGAAUUCUUCUCAACAAUAUUGUCUUCUUCAUACAAGUUUACCACUGAUGAAUAUGAAAAAAUUAAUUGAUAACAAAGAUUCAAUUAAAUCUGAUGGAUAUGACGAAUUACCUCAUAUGCGAAUCAAAGCUAAUGCGAGUACGGAUGAAAAAGGUAUGCAUAGAAAAGAACAAUUAUAA